GAGAAGGGAGACUCGGGGGAAAGAACAAACAAAACGCAGACCUCAGACCAGCCCGUCUCUCCUGCCAGUACGCGCUCUCUUAUCCCGGCGUCGGCGGAGAAAUCUGAUCCCAGGUCGGCGGACCGCCGCGUCUCGCCCCUCCGCGUUUCUCCGAGCCCCGGGGACUCAGACCAAGAGGAGACCGUGAACCGUCGGGAGCCAGGUCGGCCACGCCAAGACCCCGUCCGCGGCAGAACACGGCGAGGGAGCGGACAAGGAGCCUGCGAAAGGCGACAGGGAAGGCUCAGAGGACCCGCGGAGGAGUUCAGUGCAGAAGCACAUCCAGCGGAGGGGGAGAGCAGAGAGGAGCGAGUGGCGGCGCAUACGGAGUAGUAUUACGCUCAGCUAAUUUCCAACGUUUUCCAUUCUUGGCAGCGACAGUGUGCUCUUAGAGACACAUUUAUAGGGAGAGCUAGCGGAAUGUAAUGCUAGCGAGCUAGCUAACGGUAGCUAGCUAAUUAGCUUGUCAGGCAGCCGAGAGUCGGACGUGUGAUCUUUAUUAAAACAGGUCACAGUUUCUGGCGUCAUUUCACUUUUAACCCCCUCUCCGAUGAGAAAGGCUGGUCUUUCUGUUGUUGUUUGGACAAGAUUUUAAUGUGGCCAUUAUGGUCUGUCUGUAAUAACCAACGCCAAGUUAGACAAUAAACAGAGCGAGCUUUUCCAUAUUGAUGAAAAUCUGUUCAAUAUUAUCCGUCCGAGGCUCUCCGUGAACAUCAAGCUGUGGAGGAGAAAACAAAGGAAUAAAAAGGGGAAAGGAAGCAGGAGGACAAAAAGAGGAGCAGACUCUUCAUCAGUGACUGUCCCCCCACCCCCGUCCAAUGUUAAUGUCGACCGACGUUGCGUCCAUAAUGCUGCCCGUUAACCGGGGAAUGAUGGAGCGCGAGCGGGACCUCGAGACGGCGGCCGGCGGAGCGCAUCCGAACGCGGCCGCCGGAGCCGCGGUCGUCCGGGGGAUGAAGCGAGGAGACCCGGAGCCGGACGCUCAGACCGCCGCUGCCCUGACUGACCUGACCGGGGCGGAAUGCAAGAGACCGAGGAUAGACGGCUCCGGUGAGGUCGGACAGAACAAUGAGCCUUUAAACCCCGGUUUCCAUGGAUACGCACCUCACAGUCAGGGCUCCCAGGACUCAACCGGAGGACAGGAGGGUUUAGUAGCCCCGCCCUUUACGACCUUCCCCCCACCACCCCCUCCUCAAAACGGCCUACCGGGGACGGAGUUUGGUCCGGGAGCCAUAUUUGCCGCCGCGGGCCAGAGUGCAGUGGAGGUCGGACCGGGUGCUAAUGGAGCCACGACUGCAGCCAACAACAACGGAAAGACAGAGGAGACGUCUCAGGGCGAGGCGGGUGCGCAAUGUUCUGCAGGAGGCACGGGAGCGGGCGGCUCAACGGGAGACUCCGCGGAGGCCAAGGGGACCCCCAAGCGCCUCCACGUCUCCAACAUCCCCUUCCGCUUCCGGGACCCGGACCUCAGGCAGAUGUUUGGGCAAUUUGGGAAGAUUCUGGAUGUAGAGAUUAUUUUCAAUGAGAGGGGGUCAAAGGGUUUCGGCUUUGUGACAUUUGAAAACAGCGCCGACGCGGAGAAAGCCAGAGAAAAGCUCCACGGCACGCUGGUGGAGGGCCGUAAAAUUGAGGUGAAUAAUGCCACCGCCAGGGUGAUGACUAACAAGAAAAUCGUCAGCCCUUACCCUAAUGGAGAGGCUCUCAGCACGCUGCCCUAUGGGUGGAAGCUAAGUCCCAUGGUGGGAGCGGUGUAUGGGCCAGAGAUCUACGCAGGUAAGGGCGUCCUCCGUCUGCCAAACGAUCGCAGCGACAUUCUCACCUUCAUCUCAACAAACCCAUGUCAUGUCCUUCCAGUCCCUGGGUUUCCCUACCCAACCGCAGCGGCGGCAGCGGCAGCCACGACGGCGGCGGCGGCGUUCCGCGGCGCUCACCUCAGAGGCCGAGGCCGGCCCGUUUACAGCGCCGUCAGGGCGGCCGUGCCUCAGCCCGCCAUCCCUGCCUACCCUGGCGUGGUGUAUCAGGAUGGGUUUUACGGAGCUGCAGACUUAUAUGGAGGCUAUCCUGCCGCUGCCGCCGCCGCCGCUGCCGCCGCAUAUCGCUACGCCCAGCCUGCUGCCGUGACCGGAGCAACAGCCGCUGCUGCCGCCUACAGUGACAGUUAUGGGCGGGUAUACACUACAGAUCCGUACCACGCGUUAACUCCAGCUGCUGCUGCCUACGGAGUGGGAGCCAUGGCUAGUUUAUACCGGGCGGGAUACAGUAGGUUUGCUCCUUACUAAAGCCACAAAAAACAAAAAAACCCCAAUCCCAUCCAAGGAAUUCCACUUCUCUCCAAAACUCCCUCUGAAGCUCCGUGUUUUUGGCAGGAGCCUCCCCUCCAUUUUAUCUGCAGGCAGACUAUAAUAGUGACAGCUCACUUCUCACUUUUUUUUUUUGCCAGUUUUGUUUUUUUCUCUCUCUUUUUUUUUUGUUUUUUUUUUGGGUUUUUUUGUGGUCUUUGCCACAUCACCAAAACCAAACUGCCUGUAAUUUUUUUUUUUCUGUCGCCGACAUGAAACCAGUGGGGGGUAAAAGACAGGAAAACAAAAACGCAACAAAAAAAUCAGAAAAACCUGCUAUGACGAGGGUCCCCCACGUAUGAAGCUGGAGCCUGCCGCUGGUUUGAACUUCAGAGCAGCGUUUGGGAUCAUUUUAAGAAAGAAAAAAAACUACGGGACCCAGGCGGAGAGGGACCUCUGAAACACUACGAAUCUUUUUUUUUUUUUUUUUUUUUUUUUGUCUCUCCACACGAGCUGCCCUGUAACUCGACCCACUUAAACCCGCAGCUCCAUUCAGCACCAAGCGUAACGUUUCUCUCUCCCGACGUUGGACUGAACUGCGACUCCGAACUGCCACAGCGUUAAUGUGCAAAGGUACUCUCUGUUUUUAAACACUACAUUUAUAGCUACGCACAGCGUAGAUCUGCUGCAAUCAUCUUUUCCGGCUGAAUAGUUGAAACAAUAAUGAGAGGAGAAAAAAAAAACUAAUGGAUGAAACCAAGUACUUGAUUCAGGAUAUAGGAUUUUUCUUUUCUUCAUUUCAAUGAUGGAAACCACUGCUUCGAACUAUAUCCCACUGCCUUCAUCUUUGUCAUUUCAACCCAGUAUACUCUAGAAAACUCAAGAAGACGAGAUAAUCAGUCCUCCGAUGCGUUUGAACGUGACAAGGAAAGAUGUGUUUUUUUUCUGCAUUACCUCAGUUGUUUGGUUUACAACUCGAGCGGACGUAACUAUUUUCUCCGGCGGACGUAGAUUCCAGUUCGUUGUGAAAGUUCGGCGCCUCACUCGCUCUUGAUACUUUACUUUUGCUUCUUUCAAAUCAGUCAAAAAGGAAAAAAAGAGAAGAAAACAAAAAACAACGGACCCUGUACAUGUUUGUGUCCCAAACCGUCAAGACAUUCCAGCUGCAGCGAGCGGAUUGGACGGACAUGAACGCGACAGGACAGAAAGGAAAAGCGGGAGCAGCUACGAGGGAAACAAUUCAGUUCUGUUCCUUCUUUUUUCUUUCCUCCAUUCUUUUUUUCUUUUUUGUUGUUGUUGUUUUUUUGUUUUUUGUUUUUUUUGUUUACACUGCAGUUCCAAUCCAGCAGCAUGUAGAGAUCACAGUAAUAUAAUGAAGUAGGAAAAACAGCAGAGAAAAAAGAUAGGAUUUCAUCAACUAGUUUAGUUUAAAAUUCAUCAUGUUGUGGUUUUUACUCCUGGUGACUGAAGGCGUCAUGCAAACGACUGACUUACCACUUCCCUCUACGAAUCUCACUAUCAUUUGCCUUUCCAAAGAUUUCUUUCUUUCUUUUUUUUUAAAGACAGCACAUCUAAUUUCUUUUUUUGUUUGUUUGUUUGUUUUGGUUCUGAUGUAUUUCUUCUGUUAUUUUUCUGUUGUUUUUUUAAAGACUUUUACUUUUGCAAUAUUUUACCCAGCGGUUCGCAGCUGUACCUCGUGAGGGGAGAAACGUCAUCAAGGCAAAAACGACAAAAGCGUUGAAAGAUUUGCAGUGGACGUGAUUUGAAUUUGCUUCUCACCCUUAAUUUAUUGAGGUGUUUUUGUUUUUGUUGUUUUGUUUUUUUUUUGGAGGGGUGGGGGGUUGGAAAACAAACACAAACACAGCGUUAGAUGUGCAGACGGAGGAAAUCGGAGCAGGUAGAAAUGGGUCCAAUGCCGUCCGCGUUUCGUGAACGAUGCGACGGCGAGAAGCGGCGCCCGUCGAUCAUCAGCUGACAGAAUGACGGCGCCGGCACGCGGACCGUCAGGAGGAUCGUCCACGUUUGAACAUGCCGCAUCCCUUCGACGCCCAAACGUAUAAAGUACGCAACUCUUCCACGUUGGGUACGAGUCAAAAUAUCACACGCAAAGCGCGUGGCGGCAUCACGUCGACGAGGCGACGUCGCACGUAGUUUCCACGCUGCAGACGCGUCAAAAGGAGCGCAGGGGAUGUGACGCUGCCGGCCUUCCAGAGGAGGAUUGGUACCAACGCGACGCGUGAUGUGCCGUGUUUUCUGUUUUUCUCGUAUGAUUGUGAAAUCCGUGUGCAGUAGGUCCAACGAGUAUUCCUUGACGAGCAUUACCUCUUUAUUUUAUUUUUUUUUGACUUUCUGUUCCUUACAAGUAUUAUCAGAAGUGUUGCUAUGCAUGCUCUUGCGAGAGAGGAAAGGUGUCAGUCUUGUUUUUUUUUUUUUUUGUUCUGUUUUUUUUUUUUUAUUAUUAUUAUUAUUAUUUGUGCAUGAAUUCAAAUCCUAGUGCUGGAGGAGGAUGGGAGUGUUUACGGCUCACGAAGUGGGGAGGGCUUUUGCGACGUGAUGCGCCGCGACGUGACUGACGAGGAACGUUACGGAAAGUCCGGGCUGAAAGUGUUUGAGGCUCAACGGGAGGCGACAGGAGCGCUCCGCGUUACUCUGGCGGGGAGGAUCUCUCGCCUGGGCCUCUGUCGUCCUGGUGAACGUCCGGUCGUUUUGGAUGAAUAGUUCAAUUCGGCUCCGACUCAUCCGAGGUCGGAUUCUGGCACGCGGAGGGAUCCCCCCGCCCCAGAUCCCCAGCCGACGGGUGCAUGAGAUGUUUGCUUGUUCUCAUAUCUGAUAAUUGGGGCAAAUUGUAUUUGGAAAGUGUCAAAAAAAACAAAAAACAAAUGAAACGGAUUGAUGCGAAGGAAGCAAAAGUUCUCCUAUCCAGCCAGCCAGCUCAGUGGGAGUCUGUACAGCAGUUAAUAAAUGGGUUUGAAUUGCAUGUGAAGGUUUCUUUUCUAUGUCACAUGCUCUUAAAAGCUCAUUUAUCCAAGUGAUUUUUUUUAAAUAAGUGAAAGUAAAUAAGUGUAUUUUCUCAUGAUGUUUUAUUUUUGCCAGCCUUUUGUCUGCCUUUUGUUUAUUCUCUUCAUUAUUAUUGAAUGUAUAUAAUAAACUGUUUGGUUUUUA